AUCUCCUCAGUUCUCGGCGAGUCAUUGCGGAAUGGAGUACUCCAAUCUCCAUCGAUCGCCUUAGCCUGAAGUCAUUAGCAGCUAGCGUUCCUGGCAUUGUGGUGACUGUGGCUCACGUUCGUGCGGACGAGUACAAUCGGAAGUCGUCCAUUGCUGGAAAGCGUCGAUUCCAGGCUGGUCGCUCAACGAGCGAGUGAAGCAGUUGGUACCAUUGCCUUGGCACGGAUACUCAACAAUCAUGUUCACUGUGAGUUGCACACUCCACAACGGCACGAGACGUUCGUCCCAGGUCAUACCUACGUUCGGGAGCCGCAGGUAUCAGUGCGAAGAAUGGCCAGAAUGACGAUAGCCGCUAUUGGCCGUCAACGAGCAGGAAAGGCGUUCUCCUGCGAAGGACACCAUUGGACACUGCUACGUAGCUGGCUGCUCAAUCAAAAGGUGAUUUCUCACAUUCCUUGUCAGGGUGAGCAAUUCCAACGGUGGACGAGUUGCUGGUUUAUCACGGCCAACGUGUGUGCAUGACCACUGAGUCUGUCCCUAGCCCUCUUCACAUGCACCCCGUAGCUCCUAUGCGGAGCGAGAAAUCAGUUUAUCCACCACUCAGCACCAGCAUGCAGCAGUCGCUAGCCCUGGCAUGACUACCGGUAAAUCUGCUGAUCGUGGAACAAACUUUUCAUAAAGCCGCACAGGCAAUGUUUAGCUUGGGUACUUGAUCAAUUGUUGGGAUCGCAGCGGUAUAGCAUUAGCUCGCUCUUCCUUCCUUCGUUCUCCUUGAGUUUGGGUUGAAAGGGCAGAAGUCUGAACGCCUCAACGCAUGCAGCAGUCCGAGUAGAUCUACGAGUCUCAGAGACUUCCAAUCCUGCAACAGCAAACCGCACACAAUGGAGAAACUUCAGCUUACACCACAGCCCAGUGACGAGUAUAGCUUCGAUCUGAAAUGGUACUGGGGAAACAUUUCAAGAGAAGAGGAAGUGUUCAUCCUCAGCCAGCAAGCUGACGGUGCGUUUCUAUUACGCGACUGCCUGAGUGAACCCAAUUCACGAACACUGGCUGUAAGAUGUGGAGAUCGCAUCUGUCGCUAUCGGCUCUCUGAUGCCGAGGUUAUGUCCAUGGAUGGAUACGCCGAAUGCUGUGAUGUGGCUGGACAGCCUGUCAAACUCGGCUCACCAGUAGAAAGACCGCAGUGCCAUACACUGCCUCUUACUCACACGAAAUCACUGGAUUUACAAGUCCACUAGCAGUCGGCGGGUGCAGCCACUCCAUAUACGUCGAUGACACCGCAUGAGCAGCUGUCCUGCAAGACGACGAGUUCAAUGCGCCGCUGCCGAUGUCACCAGCUACAGUGUGGCCUACACGCUCGCCUUGUGCCGGCUGACACUGAGCGUGUGCAUGCUACUGGUGCAUUGCCUUGAGGCAAUAGUCCCACUCAGAUGCUUCUGGGGCCCAGUGCAUGGUGUGUAUGCACAUGCGGUCCAACUGCCAGUGCGCAUCGUGAUGUAGGGUUGCUCUCGCCCAUCUGGUAUUCCAUGCAGAUGUGGUAUAGAAAGAACUCUGAGGCUGGUGUCACACAGAUGGCCCACCAGCAGAUCGUACUGAAUUGUAACUUGAUACUGAGACGAUGGUUGAUGACACAAACUUGCGCUGCAUUGCUUGACCAUGCUGGAAUAUACAUACGCUUGCCAAUUCAUGACCAUAAUUACUGCUCAUGGCAUUCUAUAAUCUAUAAUAUAUCCCAUACUUGUUGAUUUUUGAUAUUCAAUCAUGCACCAGUAUGCGGAUCGCGAGGUCCGGUUAUGUUGUAUGGGUCACGUAUACUGAAAAUCGGUUACCAGCUA